ACACCGGCCAUGACAUGCACGUACGUACGUCGGCUAGCUAGCUGGCUGCUCUUGUGGUUGUACUCCUACGUGGCUAUGGUUGAGAGAGCAUGGACAUCAUCAGUGAGCUUCAGCUAUGGCGCGCUCGUCGGCUUGCUUCCAUUCCAUUUUGACGUCCUAAUUACAAAUAGGAGUAGUACAAUGAUGGUAGUGACGACGACGAUGAUCCUGGUUUUGGUGGGCGUGCUGCUGCUGCUGUGGCGUGCUCGUCGGCGUCGGGGCGGCGUGUACCUUGUGGACUACGGCUGCUUCCUAGGCGAGCCACGGCACAGGGUCCCGUUCGCCACGGCCCUGGAGCACGGACGCCUGAUGACCAACCUGCUUGACGAGGAGAGCACCAACUUCAUGGUCCGCCUGCAUGCCAAGUCCGGCAUCGGCGAGGAGACCAGCGUCCCGGACUCGUUCCGCUACAUUCCCCCGGAGAGUGGCAUCGAGGCAUCCCGUGAGGAGGCCGAGCUGGUCAUCUUCUCCGCCGUCGACAAGGCGUUCGCCGCCGCCACGGGCCUCGUCCCCGCCGACGACAUCGGCACGGUCAUCCUCGCCUGCAGCUUCACCACGCCGACGCCGUCGCUCGCCGACGUCGUGGUGAGGAGGUACGGGCUCCGCGCCGACGUGCGGAGCGUCAACCUGUCCGGGAUGGGGUGCAGCGGGGCGCUCAUCGCCAUCGGCCUCGCCAAGAACCUCCUCCGGGUGGCGCCGCCGGGGAGCCGCGUCCUGAUCGUCGCCACCGAGAUCCUGUCGUCGAUGCUGUACACGGGGAGGAAGCGCGAGAUGCUGGUGCCCAACGUCCUCUUCCGCAUGGGCGCCGCCGCCAUCAUCAUGUCCAACUCGCCGGAGAAGGCCCGGUUCCGGCUCGGCCCCAUCGUGCGCACGCUCACCGCCGCGCGCGACGGCGACUACCGGUGCGCGUUCCAGGAGGAGGACGACGAGGGGAUCACCGGCAUCAACCUCUCCAAGGACCUCCCCGUCGUCGCCGCCAACGCGCUCAAGGGCCACCUCGUCGCCUUCGGCCUCGCCGUCCUCCCAACCUCCGAGCUCCUACGCGUCGCCAUCUCCUUCAUCAACCACAAAAUCAUCAACAAAUUCUUCACCACCACCAAGGACAGCAACAACAACUACUACCGGCCUGGAUUUCACAGGUUGUUCCAGCACUUCUGCAUCCACCCGGGAGGGCGGAGGGUGCUCGACGAGGUGCAGCGGGGGCUGGGGCUCACCGACGACGACAUGGAGGCGUCGCACAUGACGCUGCACCGGUUCGGGAACAUGGCGAGCAGCUCGCUGCUGUAGUACGAGCUUGCGUACAUCGAGGCCAAGGGGAGGAUGAGGAAGGGUGAUCGGGUGUGCAUGAUCUCCUUCAGCCCAGGUAUCGACUGCAGCAGCGUCGUGUGGGAGUGCAUCAAGCCAACAGAUCACCACCUCCACCAUGGACCCUGGGCCGCCUGCAUCGACCGCUACCCUGUGCAGCUUCCCAAAAUUGUCAAAAGGACUGCAUAGUGCGCGCUGUUACUACUGCAUGCAACACGUUUAAUUAGUUAUAUAUUACCACUAUAUAUAUAUGUACUACCUCUGUCCCGUAACUUCCUCUGUUUCACAAUGUUAGUCAUUCUAGCAUUUCCCACAUUCAUAUUAAUGUUAAUGAAUCUAGAUAGAUAUAUAUGUUUAGAUUCAUUAACAUCAAUAUAAAUGUGGGAAAUGCUAGAAUGACUUACAUUGUAAAAUGGAGGGAGUACAUAAUAACCAAAAUAAGUUCAUGUUUGUGUAUAUUUGUGCAUGUACUUAAUAUCAAUGUACCUUGGUUAUGGUGGACGGGAAACGAACUCAGGGGGUAGUUGUGGUCUAGCAUGAUGAAGUA